AUGGGGCUUGUUGGCACCAUCCCACCUAACAUCGGAAAUCUUUCUUUUCUUGUUUCAUUAGACAUGAGUGAAAACUCAUUCCAUGGUCCCAUCCCUCCCCCCGUCUUCAAUUUCUCAUCGUUGGAAUUUUUGUCGUUACGAAACAACAGCUUAUCGAGUAGUCUGCCAAAUGAUAUGUGCAAGAACAGUCUUCAAAAAUUAAAGAUACUUCGGAUUUCUUACAAUAACAUGUAUGGAGACAUACCAUUGAGUUUGGGGCAGUGUUCGGAUUUGGAGCAUAUUAACUUUUACAACAACAAGUUUAGUGGAGAAAUACCAAGACAAAUUGGGAACAUCACACUGCUUCAGUAUUUAAACUUUGGUCUCAACGAUUUCACUGGCCCAGUACCUUCCACUUUCAUAAAUCAAUCAGGCCUUAUUAAUCUAGCACUACAAUCCAACAACUUAAGUGGAGAGAUUCCUUCAUCCAUUUGCAACUUGAGAUCCCUAAGAAUCCUAUAUCUAUCAAACAACAGUUUGGAAGGAUCACUUCCAAAUUGUUUGGGAAACUUGAGCACUUCUUUGGCAAUCCUCCAUUUGAAUGACAACAAAUUCAGUGGCUUCAUUCCUUCCACAUUCACUAAAGGAUGCAACCUUCUCUUUCUCACUCUAAAAGGUAACAAAGUGGAAGGAACAUUGCCUCAAUCUCUACUCAACUGUGAAGCACUGCAGGUUGUUGAUAUUGGUGGUAACGAAGUACGAGGCUCGUUUCCCUUUUGGCUGGAAACACACCCUCAACUUCGUGUCCUUGUCUUGCGGUCUAACAGAUUCGAUGGUACCAUGAUCGAUGUUUCAAGUACGAUAGAACGCCCGUUUCCUAAGCUGCAAGUUUUGGAUAUAUCUUAUAAUGAUUUUUCUGGAUCUUUACCUGAUAGAUAUUUCAAGAAUUUUCAAGGGAUGGUUAAUGCUAAGGAUGGUAAUAGGUCAAAUGACAAAGUAUUUAUAGAGUUGACUCUUACUAUAAAGGGUUUGGAUUUGCCGGUGCAAAGAUUGUUGACAACCUUUACUACUAUUGACUUAUCUUCGAAUAGAUUCACUGGGAAUAUUCCACCUUCUCUAGGAAAUCUUAAUUCUCUUAGAUACUUGAAUUUGUCUCACAAUAGCAUCACCGGGCGCAUACCCUCACGUCUCGGAAAUAUAAGUAUUCUUGAGUCGUUGGACUUGUCUUCGAAUAGAUUGGAGGGAGGGAUCCCGAGUGAGUUAACUAGGUUGACAUUUUUGGCAAAGUUGAACCUAUCGAUGAAUAAUUUGGUGGGGCAGAUUCCAAAUUCAAAUCAGUUUUCUACAUUUGGGAAUGAGUCGUAUGUGGGAAAUGUAGGAUUGUGUGGACUUCCACUGAUGAAGAAAUGUGAAAUGAUGGAUGAACAACCACAAGAAGAAGAAGAAGAUGAUGAUGAUGAUGGAUCUAGUUUUGUGAGUGGAUUUGGGUGGCAAGCAGUUGUUUUAGGUUAUGUAUGUGGGUUUAUUAUUGGAGUGUUUAUGGGGUAUCUUAUUUUUCGGUAUGAAAGGCCAACAUGGUUGGUAGAGCUUAUUUUUAAUAGAAGCAAUUGA